AUGCAUCGACAGCUACUAAAUUCUUCUGUCUUUGCAGCCUACUAUAGCGGAACCUUUAAGAAGAAUGCUUUCCUGUGUUUUCAAAUCUCUCUCUCUCUUUCUUUCUCUCUCUCUCUUUUCUCUCUCUCUUUUCUCUCUCUCACUAUAGUAUCAACUCUUCUAGUCUGUCUGUCUGUCUAUCUAUCUAUCUAUCUAUCUAUCUAUCUAUCUAUCUAUCUAUCUAUCGCAGUAUAUUAUCUGUCUGUCUUUCUGUCUGUCUAUCUAUCUAUGUCAAUCUUUUCUUAUCUAUCUAUGUCAAUCUUUUCUUAUCUAUCUAUCUAUCUAUCUAUCUAUCUAUCUAUCUAUGUCAGUCUUUUCUUACCUAUCUAUCUAUCUAUCUCUCUAUCUAUCUCAGUCUCUUCUUAUCUAUCUAUCUAUCUAUCUAUCUCAGUCUCUUCUUAUCUAUCUAUCUAUGUCAGUCUCUUAUCUAUCUAUCUAUCUAUCUAUCUAUGUCAGUCUCUUAUCUAUCUAUCUAUCUAUCUAUGUCAGUCUCUUAUCUAUCUAUGUCAGUCUCUUAUCUAUCUAUCUAUCUAUCUAUCUAUCUAUCUAUCUAUCUAUCUAUCUAUCUAUCUAUGUCAGUCUCUUAUCUAUCUAUGUCAGUCCCUUAUCUAUCUAUCUAUCGCAGUAUAUUAUCUGUCUGUCUUUCUGUCUGUCUAUCUAUCUAUGUCAAUCUUUUCUUAUCUAUCUAUGUCAAUCUUUUCUUAUCAAUCUAUCUAUCUAUCUAUCUAUCUAUCUAUCUAUGUCAGUCUUUUCUUACCUAUCUAUCUAUCUAUCUAUCUCAGUCUCUUCUUAUCUAUCUAUCUAUCUAUCUAUCUAUCUAUCUAUCUAUCUAUCUAUCUAUCUCAGUCUCUUCUUAUCUAUCUAUCUAUGUCAGUCUCUUAUCUAUCUAUCUAUCUAUCUAUCUAUCUAUGUCAGUCUCUUAUCUAUCUAUCUAUCUAUCUAUGUCAGUCUCUUAUCUAUCUAUGUCAGUCUCUUAUCUAUCUAUCUAUCUAUCUAUCUAUCUAUCUAUCUAUCUAUCUAUGUCAGUCUCUUAUCUAUCUAUGUCAGUCCCUUAUCUAUCUAUCUAUCGCAGUAUAUUAUCUGUCUGUCUUUCUGUCUGUCUAUCUAUCUAUGUCAAUCUUUUCUUAUCUAUCUAUCUAUCUAUGUCAGUCUUUUCUUACCUAUCUAUCUAUCUAUCUAUCUAUCUAUCUAUCUAUCUCAGUCUCUUCUUAUCUAUCUAUCUAUCUAUCUAUCUAUCUAUCUAUCUAUCUAUCUCAGUCUCUUCUUAUCUAUCUAUCAAUGUCAGUCUCUUAUCUAUCUAUCUAUCUAUCUAUCUAUCUAUCUAUCUAUCUAUCUAUCUAUCUAUCUAUGUCGGUCUCUUAUCUAUCUAUCUAUCUAUCUAUCUAUCUAUCUAUCUAUCUAUCUAUCUAUCUAUCUAUCUAUCACCUUGCGUUCUUCUCUUGCUUGAGCUAUCUCGUUUCAUUUUAUUUUUAUUCAUUAAUCAUUCAUAUCUAUCUAUAUAUUAUCUAUCUAUUUCACUUUCAGUCUGUUGUUAUCUAUCUAUCUAUCUAUCUAUCUAUCUAUCUAUCUAUCUAUCUCACUCUGUUCAUUAUCUAUCUACAGUACGAAGUCUCUUAUAUCCGGGUUUCUCUUAUACCCGGGUCUCUUAUAUCCGGGUUACACUGUAUCUAUCUAUCUCACUCUUUUCAUUAUCUAUCUAUCUAUCUAUUUAUCUACCUCACUCUGUUCAUUAAUUUAAUGAUCGAUCAAUCUAUCUCACACUGUUCAUUAUCUAUCUAUACCUCACUCUCUUCAUGUAUCUAUCUAUACCUCACUCUCUUCAUGUAUCUAUCUAUCUAUCUAUCUAUCUAUCUAUCUAUCUAUCUAUUUCACUCUAUUCAUCAUCUCUUUCUUUCUUUCUUUCUUUCUUUCUUUCUUUCUCCUCCUCUUCCUCACUCCAUGUCAUUUUUGAUCUAUCUAUCUAUCUAUCUAUCUAUCUAUCUAUCUAUCUAUCUAUCUAUCUAUCUAUCUAUCUCAGUCUCUCCUUAUCUAUCAUUUAAUAUGUUUAUAUCUAUCUAUCUAUCUAUCUAUCUAUCUAUCUCUCUAUCUCAGUCUCUCCUUAUCUAUCAUUUAAUAUGUUUAUAUCUAUCUAUCUAUCUAUCUAUCUAUCUAUCUAUCUCAGUCUCUCCUUAUCUAUCAUUUAAUAUGUUUAUAUCUAUCUAUCUAUCUAUCUAUCUAUCUAUCUAUCUAUCUAUCUCAGUCUCUUCUUAUCUAUCUAUCUAUCUAUCUAUCUAUCCCAGUCUCUUCUUAUCUAUCUAUCUAUCUAUCUAUCUAUCAGUAUCUUCUAUCUAUCUAUCUAUCUAUCUAUCUAUCUAA